AUGGGGCCUCGCCAGUUACGGUGGUGCAGUGUGGCCCUCCUGUGCAUUAGCACAGGAGGGCUAAUAAGAACAGUAGGUUGUCCUCUUGUAGGAAACCUGACAGAGGGUGAGAUGAGUCCUGAGCCAAAGGGACCAACACAGGCCCAGAGUAGUAGCCCAGAAGUAGAUGGUCAUCGGAGAAGGAGAGCCCUGCUGGGCCCUCAUAACCAUGAGGACAAUCUGUUCCACUCUCCCGAGUGGCGCAGUUAAGGUAGGAGCAGGUUUACCACUUGUGGGAGUUCCCCAUAGGGGUAAAAAUUGACUAUGCAAAUGGAUGUACCAUUCGUAGUAGAGCUACCACGUAACCCUGACCCCAUGACGUUUUUUUGCAUUAUACAACCACACAGGCCCACCAUCUUUUGCUAGGCCAGAUAAUAGUUUACUCACACCCAUUUCAGUAGCAGUAGUGAUGACAGCCAUUUGGUGUAUUAGAGGAGAAGGAGAUCAUCAUUUGGGUGAAUACCUGUUACUUCUGGUAUUUCAGUCUAUAAUGUUCUUAUCCCUUUGAGAGGAGCCCCAAAUGGCACCUAUUGGUUGUGUGGUAAGAUGGCUUUCUAUAGCCUUACCCUGAAUUGGUACUUGUACUGUUGGGUUUGUGGUGGCAGCUAUGAGAACUGUUUCAAACAAUGACAAGAAUCUAAAGGCUCUGUUUAGAGAAUACAAACCUCAUGUAAUGAGGAGAGAUAAGAGGUCUCUGGCUGACAUCACUCACACUCAAGCACCUGCCUCCAGGUUCUUU